CCAGUUUUAAGGGCCCGCGAGACAGGACAACGGAAUUUGUAAUCACUACAUGAAUAGUCCGAUUGGAUUAUGGAAAAGUAUUAAGAAAAGCAAGGAUAGGCAUUGUUUUGCCAAACUUCAAAACAUUGUACACACGAUAUCGUUCCCUAGAGCUAAACACAAAGAUGGAUCAUUCUUUGGCCACAUACAGUACGUAGAUACAGACUCAAUUAUAACUUCCUUAAGUUACCCCUUUAGGACAAUUGUGAACAGUGAUCUACAAUGGAUUGUAAACUUCAAACCACAUCAAUUUGCCAAAAUGGUUUUCACAAACGUCACUUUAUCAGAGUGUGAACUCGUUGUUAAAACAUCGCAAGUGGACAACAACGAAUUUAUCAUUGAUGAGAAUUUCAACAACGAAGUAUUUGUAAUAGAAACCAACACAAGCUUGUUGUUUUUAACAACUACUCUAACAAGGGUAUGGCCACCAUCAAUAAAAUUCCGGGCAAUGAUAACUGCUGAAGAAACCGCAGCUUGUCUUUCAAUCGAUUCACUUAGUCAUUCAAAAAGAACGAAAAGACGAAAUGAAAUUUGCACUGAGCCAACCAUGAUCCUAACAUCUCUUUCGGCUUUAAAUCUUUGUCAAGAUUGCGAAGAAGAGUUCACAAUUCAAGCCGGUGAACAUCAAAGCGUUGAUAUUACCUUCAUAUAUUGGGACACAAAUAGUCCAUAUAUUUUGUUCUAUACAAGUGUCAAAGGUAAAUCUUCUUCCCCUGAUCUAGUUCUGAGACUUGAAAUUGAAGCGUAG